ACCCUGAUCAUCUCCUCCAUGACCGGCAAAAGAACCCAGACCAGCCCACUUGGGAGCCCCCCAUCAUCGUCUGGGAACAUCUCAGACGACAGCUCUUCCAAAGACCAAGACAAGUUCCUCCCCAUCGCCAACGUGAGCCGUAUCAUGAAAAGAUCACUCCCCACAAAUGCCAAGAUUUCUAAAGAAGCCAAGGAGACUGUCCAGGAAUGCGUUUCUGAGUACAUCAGCUUCGUCACCGGUGAAGCCUCCGAUAAAUGCCAACGAGAAAAGCGGAAGACGAUCAACGGGGACGACCUUUUAUGGGCCAUGAUGACACUAGGGUUUGAGAAUUAUGUCAAGUCCCUGAGGAACUAUCUCGGCAAGUAUAGAGAGAUUGAAGGAGAGAACUCCAUGGAUACUCAAGGAGACAAGCCUCCGAGUACCGAUUCUUGCCCCGAUCAUGAUUUUCAUCAGCGUUUUAGCGGUGGGUUUUAUUCGUUUGGCCCACAAGAGACUCCAAAGACUAGUUUUGGAGAAUGUGGAAGAGUCGCCGGUUGUGAAGAGAAUUCGGUGAUUGGUGCUUUUAAGGUCAAUGGGAUCCGAGAAAAUGGCGAUGGAGAUGGCAAUAGAUCAUCAUCAGCUGCGGAAGCUCAUCUUCAUCAAGAGAUUGAUCAGUACCGGUAG